AUGGCUGCUUACAGUACUGUGUCAGGUUUAGUUCAUUAGUCCGACAGUGGAUGGUUUAUUGUGUUAUUGAGUUGUUUUAUGCAGCAGAGUAUUUAUUAUAUAUAUAUGUGUUUAUAAGUGAAUAGUUUAGUAAUGGCCGCGAUGAUGAGAAUGUAUCGUUCUGUCCGGUUGCUGGCGCUUGGACAAAAACACACAUUUAGUCAGGACAGAGCGGUUCGGAAUUUGAGUCAGGCGGCACCUAAACCAGAACCAGAGACGAACCAGAAUGAAGAUAUUAAUGAAACAUUUGUGAAUAGAAAUCCCAGAAACCUGGAACAGAUGGCCCUUGCUGUGAAGGACAGAGGCUGGAGCACUAUCUGGCCCAAGAGAGAAUAUUACCACAGGCUGGUGUUUAAGCGCACGCAGCAUCACGUAUCGGUGGCUGUGUUUUCAUGGGACUGUGAUGUUCCAGUGAUCACAUGCUCCACACAGGAAUGGGCACUGAAAAAGCAGCUCAGUUCCACUCAUUCGGUAGCAGCAUGCCGAGCUGUAGGAGAUGUUCUGGCUCAGAGGUGCUGCGAGGCUGGAAUCACGAGGCUAGUUUACCGUGAGGUGCCAUGGACCUUCCGUUCUGAUGCGGUCCAGACGUUUUGGACAGCCAUGAAAGAAGGGGGUGUAGUCCUCAGUGAACCACGACGCAAAUUUAAUUAAAAUGUUUUUCCUCCUUUUAUAAUUAAUUUGUGUAUAAAUGUGAAUAAACAUUAGUACACACGUACUAACAUGAGCUUGA